GGUGCACGUGAUACCAUCUCAAUGUUUCCAGGUGACUGUUGAGGAGGUUUUAGCGAGAUCUCAAGCUAUGAUUGUGUACUGAUCUUGCUGCUAUUAUAAUGUAAGGAUGGCUAUUACCCCUGCAGAUGCAUCGUCUAUGGAAAUGAUGAAAGGACCUCAUAGCUCAACGCUGAGUUCUCCAGAGGUACCAGGCAGUUCCUUGCAAGUUGUAGGCAGUGCUAAGAAUGAAGGCUGCACUGCACUCGAACUGUUGAGUAUUGAACAAGAUCUUGAUCAUAUCGUAACGUUUUCAGCUGGUAUCGAUGGCAUGUUGGGUGGAGGAGUACCGGUCGGUAAAAUUACAGAGUUUUGUGGUUCUCCGGGUAUCGGGAAAACCCAAUUGAGUAUUCAGUUAGCUAUAGAUGCUACGCUGCCUGAACCAUUUGGUGGCUGUGGAGGGCAUUCUGUUUACAUUGACACUGAAGGAAGUUUUGUCAUUGAUAGAGUUGUACAGAUAGCCACUGCUACCGUGAGACACGUCCAUUCUGUAGCAAAGAGCAGUGCUGACCCAGAGUUAUUGGCUGUAGCUGAUGGUUACACUUUAGAGGUAGUGUUGGGUAAUAUUCAUUACUAUCGAUGUCACAAUCACAUUCAACUCAUUGCUCUCUCUAACAUUCUACAUCAGACCAUCUCUAACAUUAAUAGCAAGGUAUGCCUGAUAGUUGUUGACAGCAUUGCUAGCCCGUUUAGAAGCAGUUUCAAGGAUAUGGGGCUACGCCACAGACUGCUCUCUGGAUUAGCUCAGACUUUUCUCAAGCUAGCUACACAGUUCAGUCUGGCCGUUGUGUUCACGAACCAGAUGACCACCAAAACUCAAAGCAAUGGACAAUCACAGCUUGUACCAGCACUUGGUGAGAGUUGGGGGCAUGUGUGUACUAUUCGUGUUAUUCUUUACUGGGAGGGUAAGGAAAGACAAGCACAUCUUUAUAAGUCUCCAUCACACCCAGAGAGUGUUGUGUCUUAUCAAAUAACAAAAGAUGGAGUGAGAGAUGUAACUGAUGAUGAUCAUGCUGGACUUGAUUCUGUUGCCAAAGUUGAUUGGGAAGAGAUCGUAUUGCAAGAAGACGAAUCACUCGACAAGAUCUCAGCAGUAGAAGGAAGGCCUCCAUCUAAAAGACACUGUCCUUUAGAAUGCUGACCUAUGUGUUGUCAUACACAAACAUGUACAUACAUGUUAUUAUAUAAUAUGUGUUUCUUUUUAAUGUUGAUCAUAUGUGAA